AUGGAAGCAGUGAUGGGAAGGAUUCAUCUUGUACUGGUGCAGUGCGUGGCUGCGGCGGCGCUGAUAUCUUCAUUGACCGGCGGCGCCGCCGGCGAGGCAGCGGCGGCCGCGGCGCAGGAGCUGCAGCAAGGCUUCUCCGUCGCCCACGACCAGUCCUACUCGCAGUUCCAGCCAGUGCUCGCCGACCCCACCGGCGUCUUCGCGCUCGGCUUCCUCCGGGUCAACGCCACCAUGCUGGACCUCGCCGUCCUCCACCUCCCGUCUGCCUUCCCGCUCUGGCGCGCAAUCCCCGACCGCCCCGCGCCAUGGUCUACAGCCGCCUCCCUCUCCUUCGACGGCGGCCUCGUCCUCACCGACCGCGCGGCCAACAAGGUGCUCUGGUCCACCGCUGCCACCUCUGCCUCGGCCGGCGACCGCGCCGUCCUCCUCGACACGUCCAACCUCCAAAUCCAGAGCACCGGUGGCACUUCGCCCGAUGUCUUGUGGCAGAGCUUCGACUACCCGUCGGAGACCAUCGUCCAGGGCCAGAACUUCACCUCCGCGGCGACGCUUUACACCAUCGACCGGCGCUUCGCCAUGCGGCUGGGGAGCAACUACUUCGGCCUCUACAUCGAGCCGCCGCAGCCGUCUUCGGGCGGCGGCGUCGCUGCCGCCAUGUACUUCAGGCACACGGCGAUGGAGGCCAAGGCCCAGAUCGUGUCCGGCGGCGGCCCGACCUAUGCGCGCGUGGAGCCCGACGGCUUCCUCGCCAUGUACCAGAGGGAGGGCCCACCCGCCGACGUGCUCUCCUUCGACACCUUCAACCGCGGCGUCCGCGCCCUCCGCCGCAUGACUCUGGAGCCCAACGGCAACCUCCGCGCCUACUACUGGGACGGCGCCCGGUGGGCCCUCGACUACACUGCCAUCAACGACCCAUGCCAGCUGCCCACCACCUGCGGCGCCUACAGCAUCUGCGCGGAGCCCAGCGGCCGCUGCGAGUGCCUGGCCAACGCGACCGAUGGCUCGGGCUGCGCCGCGGUCGUGCCCGCCGCCUCCAUCGGGAGCAGCCUUUGCGGCACCACGGGCGGGGAAGUCGGUGGGCUGUACUGGGCGGUGCGGCGGCAGGGCGUGGAGCCGGUGAACAAGGAGCUGCUGUGGUCCGAGCAGGCGACGUCCGCGACGGACUGCGAGGCGCGGUGCGAGCGCAACUGCAGCUGCUGGGGCGCGGUGUACAGCAAUGGGACCGGAUUCUGCUACAUCAUGGACUACCCGGCGCAGCUUCUGGUGGCGGGCGACGACAGGAAGAUGGGCUACUUUAAGGUCAGGAGCCUGGAGGAGGAAGGGACGCGCCGGCACGGCGGUGGGCGCGCGAGCGGGGUCAAGGCGGCGCUGCUUGUUGUCGGCAUCGGAGCGGUGGUCGCUGCCGCUGCGUUCGGGGCGUACAGGGUGCGGGACAGGAGGCGGCGGACCGCCGCGGACGCGAGGCGGCAGAUGGGCGCCGCCGAUGAUGGGCUCUCGCCGGGGCCGUACAAGAACCUGGGGUCCUUCAGCUCCGUCGAGCUCACCAACUCCUUCCGGAGGUAA